CGAAUCGCUGUGAAAAGCCGGUGGAUCUGAGCGCAGUCUGAAGGGGCACAGGCUGGGAGGGAGGAAAGCACACGGCGAAAGACACAUUUAAAAAUAAGCAGUGGCGAAACCACAUGUAAACGCGACGCGGAUCUUCGCCUGGAGGACCCGCAGGUUAUCGUACGAGACACGGAAGUGGGGAGACGCUGCGAGCCGCGUUGGUUUCAUCACCGCGAUGCCUUCCUCCGCCUGGCUUCGCUGUGUCCUCCUCAUCAUCGGCUCGCUUCGGCGGGUAUCCACAACCGGUGAUCUGCCUCAGUGCCAGGAGACAGACUACUACUUCGAAUACACGGAGUGUGACAGCACGGGAUCGCGGUGGAGAGUGGCCAUCCCCCGUGGACAGGGAACCUGCUCGGGACUGCCGGACCCGGUCAGAGGCACCGACUGCACCUUUUCCUGCAACGCUGGGGAGUUCCUGGAGAUGUCAUCACAGCAGUGCACGCAGUGCGCGGCCGGGACCUACUCCCUGGGCAGUGGAGUUCGCUUUGACGAGUGGGACGACAUUCCAGCCGGCUUCACCAACCUGGCCACCUACCUGGACAGUGGCCCCGGUGGGGAUGAAGCCCUCACCUGCAGCAACUCCACCUGGGUCCCCCAGGGGAACUACCUGGAGUCCAACAGGGAUGAGUGCACUGUCUCUCUGAUAUACGCCGUGCACCUGAAGAAGCAGGGAUCUGUGUCCUUUGACUACCAGUAUGAGGACAACCACAUCUUCUUUGAAUUCUUUAUACAGAAUGAUCAGUGUCAGGAAAUGGAUCAAACGUCAGAGCAGAAGUGGAUCAAGCUGACAAACAGCGGCGAGUGGGGCACGCACACCGUAAACCUGAAGUCAGGAACCAACAUCUUGUACUGGAGGACGACUGGGAUCUUGCUCGGGACCAAGGUCUUGAAGCCCGUGCUGCUGAAGAACAUUCAGAUUGAGGGUGUCGCCUACACAUCGGAGUGCUUCCAGUGCAAACCGGGCACCUUCAGCCGGACCCCGGGGUCCUCGUCGUGCGAGGUGUGUCCCAGGAACACCUACUCGGGCAAAGGGGCCAGCUCCUGCACCCCCUGCGAGGAGGAGGAGGAGUACGCACCCGAGGGAUCGGCAGAGUGUAAGGGGAAGCUUCCGUGCACGGAGAAGGACUACUUCCAGAUUCACACGCCCUGCGACAGCGAUGGCAAAACUCAGAUCAUGUACAAGUGGAUCGAGCCCAAGAUCUGCAUGGAGAAUGUCACAGGGGCCGCGGCGCUGCCCCCUUCUGGCGAGCGAGAGAAGUGCCCGCCCUGCAAUCCCGGUUUCUAUAACCACGACACGGCCAGCUGCUCCCCCUGCCCCCCCGGAACCUUCUCCAACGGCAUCGAAGCAUGCCAGAAGUGCCCAGCGGGCACGGAGCCGGCCCUCGGGUACGAGUACAAGUGGUGGAACCUGCUGCCCGCCAACAUGAAGACAUCCUGCUUCAACGUCGGCAACUCCAAGUGCGACGGCAUGAAUGGCUGGGAAGUGGCUGGGGAUCAUAUCCGGAGUGGAGCAGGAAGCUCCGACAACGACUACCUCAUCCUAAACCUCCGCGUUACAGGAUUCAAGCUCCCAACGUCCGUGAUGGAGAGCAAGGGCAGCGAGUUCGGCCGUAUAACCUUUGUCUUUGAGACCAUCUGCUCUGCAGACUGCGAGCUCUACUUCAUGAUGGAUGUGAACAGGAAGAGUACCAGUGUGGUCGAGUCAUGGGAGGGCAGCAAGGAGAGGCAGUCAUACAGCCACGUCAUCACCAAGAACGCCUCGGUGUCUUACACGUGGGCAUUUCAACGGACCAAUCAGGCGGCUGAUGGCAGGAGGCUGGUCAACGACAUCGUGAAGAUCUACUCCAUCACGGUCACCAACGCCCAGGACGGCGUGGCGUCCUCCUGCCGUGCCUGCGCCAUGGUAUCCCAGCAGUCGGAGUCUUCCUGCGUGCCCUGUCCCGCUGGCCACUACAUCGACAAGGAGACCAACCGAUGCCGGGAAUGCCCCCCGGACACCUACCUGUCAGGCCAUCAGAUCUACGGCAGGGAGGCCUGCCUGCCCUGUGGUCCCGGCAGCAAGAGCAACAAGGAGCACUCCGUCUGUUUCAGCGACUGCAGCUUCUCCCACACGCUGCAGAACCAGACCCUGACCUACGACUUCAGCCCGCUCAGCGCCGUCAGCUCCAUUAUGAAUGGGCCGAGCUUCACAUCCAAGGGGACCAAGUACUUCCACCAGUUCAACAUCAGCCUGUGCGGACGUGAGGGAAGACGGUUGGCCAUGUGCGCCGACAACGUGACGGACCUGUCCAGCAAGGAUGUGCAGAGCGAAUCCAGCGAGCUGGUGAACUGGGUGGAGACCUUCAUCUGCCAAUCGACCAUCAUCCCUUCGGAUGGGCGGGGCUUCCGCACGGCCCUCUCCUCCCAGUCCAUCAGUCUGGCAGACACCUUCCUGGGAGCGACGGUGGACGGCACGCUCGCAGGCGUCACCGUGAAACCCGACCUGUUCCCUGGGACGCUGAAGAAAGUGCCAGACGUCAACUUCUUCUACCGAUCUCCGCAGGCGACAUCUUCCUGUGACAAGGGCCGACAUACGGUCAUCACCUUAAGAUGUAGCCCAGAGAAAACGGAACGAGGAGAGCUCUCCGUGCCCAGUAAAUGCCCUGCGGGAACCUGCGAUGGUUGUAUCUUCAACUUCCUGUGGGAGAGUGGUAGCGCAUGUCCUCGCUGCACGGAGAUGGACUACCAUGAGAUCGAGGGAGCCUGCAAAGGUGGAGCCCAGGACACUCUCUAUGUUUGGAAUGAGCCAAAGCUCUGCACCAAAGGCAUCCGACUCCCAGCGAAGAAGACCAUGCCCUGUGAGGACAUCAACUUCUGGCUGAAGGUCGGAGCUGGGCUCGGCGCCUUCAUGGGUGUGCUCCUCAUUGCCCUCACCUGCUACUUCUGGAAGAAGAACAAGAAGUUGGAGUACAAAUACUCCCGCUUGGUGAUGACUGCCAACAGGGAGUGCGAACUGCCAGCCGCCGACAGCUGCGCCAUCAUGGAAGGCGAGGACAAUGAUGAUGACGUGGUCUACACCAACAAGCCCUCGCUACUGGGCAAGCUCAAGUCCAUUGCCACAAAGGGCAACGGCGAGAACUGCGAGUCGGUCCAGCUGAAGUGCUCCGGGGCAGAGAGAUGGGUGUGGGGAUAAAGGGAGUGCGUGACUGGUGCUGGGAGGGUCUGAGGAUACAACGGCAAAACCCCGCAACCCAAGGAAAGACUCGCAACCCAAGUACAGUACUGUGAAGACGCCUACAGCUGGUGGCCCUAUAACCAAGUGGAGGUCUUCGGAGAGGCUUUGGAGGCUGAAGAUGUGCGGGACUGUGUUGACGUGGAGAUAGACGCCUCCAGACCAUUUCUUUUUGUUUUUAACUGAUGUGGGCUUUUCUCUUGGGCAGUUAUUCACAUGGUAACAUUGAGUAAGGCUGGCCCAUCCCCCAACUCCUUAGCAAAUCUACCCCAUUUAUGUUUUGAGAUAAAAUCAGGCUCAGUCAAGCUCCCUGUUUGUGUAACCCUUUGGAGAGGAGGGUCAGAGCAGGAAGGGCAGUCAAUCUCCACUUCUCCAUGUCCCCUGGACCUGAUCUACAGCUGGACAUCAGCGUCCAGGGCCAUGGUGGUGACAGGGGUUUUGUAGGAUGUCCCUGUGGUCAUUUAAAAUAGCUGAAGGCCAUAUUUCAUCUGAGGUUUCUCACCAAAGGCUUGGUAACUUGCUGUGAAUGUCAGAGAUGUGUUAAGAUUUUAUUUUAUUGUGUUAAUAUUCAUUCUGUUGGACUAUAUUGUACCUACUUGGACAUUUUAAAAUGUUUUAGACAAGGACUAAGAUAAUUAGAAUGGCAUGUGCUUCUAGAGAUAUUGGCUUACCCUUCAAUGAAAGGUAUAAUUGCAGAAAAUAAAACUUCUAUUUGCUAUUAAUGCAAUACAACUCUGUCAGUUCCCAGCAGCAGGGUCCAUCCAGUAAGCCUUUCAGCUGGGUGGAUAUAUCAAUGUUAAUCAAAGUCUACCAGUUUUAAGGGAACAUUCUUUAUCGUACAGUGACAUGUUCCUGUCAUGCUGUCAAAAUGAAGCUAUUUAAAAGGUCAUAGAUUUGAUUUCUGAGCCGGUGAAUUGAAGGAAUUCUGACUUAUUGAGUGCAGUAGCUGAAACAGAACAGUGUCCUGUGGUCAGACUGGGCCUGGCCUGCAGUGCAUUAUGGGAAAGGAGACAGUGUCCUGUGGUCAGACUAGGCCUGGCCUGCAGUGCAUUAUGGGGAAGGGGACAGUGUCCUGUGGUCAGCUUGGGUCUGGCCUGCAGUGCAUUAUGGGAAAGGGGACAGUGUCUUGUCGUCAGCCUGGGCCUGGCCUGCAGUGCAUUAUGGGAAAGGGGACAGUGUCCUGUUGUCAGCCUGGGCCUGGCCUGCAGUGCAUUAUGGGUCAUGUCCAGCUAUACUUUUUAUCUCAUUUCAAGACAAAAUACAAAAAAAUGAAAAGCUUCCCUAACAUCCUGUUUUCUUUGUUUUUCCCUUUUUAAAAAACUGAUGAAGUUUGAUGGCUUUUUCGGAGGGGGGUGCAGAGGAAGAUCCAUACUCUGGGGGGUGGGGCUGAUUCUCAGAACGAUUAGAACUUGAUCGUUAGACAGACUAACUCAGACCAGAAAGGCAGGCUGGAGCUGCCGUCCCAGGAAGGACAAACAUUUUUUCUCCCAAAUUCCAAAAAAUUCCUUUCACCAUCCAGACAGACCAGCAAUAAAAACACCCCUUUGUUCACUAUAAAUUUGCUCAGCUGGAAAGGAGUGUGCAAAAAUGCAUUAACCCUAUUCAUAAAGGGCCAAAUGUGGUUUUUCAAUUUAAUUCAGAUUGAUGGGUAGUGGGAGGAAUGUUGAGGAACAGAAAUAAGGGACAGACUGUACUUACUGUUUUUAAUUGUAUUAUAUUAUAUUAUGAUUGUAGUUGCUUGGCAGCCAGAUAACUUACAUUGUAGUGAUGGGCAGACAAAGAUGGGUGUUUUGCUGAAGCAAUUAAAAUAUCCUUACUGAAAAAUCUAUAACAUGGAAGCUCAGCAGUUUUUGGUUGGCUGCAAGGGAAGUUUAGGUUAUUGUUGUCAGUCCCUCAGUGCUUUGUUGAAAUAAUCCUUUGGAAGGUUUGUGUCCUCAUCCGAUGCUUCAGCUGUCAGUGAAGGACUUUGUACACAGAUUUGUACUCAAAAACCUGCACAACUGACCACAACUAGAUAUGGCUGCUCAUUGUGUCUCACGGUGCUUUUCCACUGUCAUACAGGAACCGAGCCAAACCUGACCCGUACCAUGAACUGGGACUCGUCACAGCGCAGUUCCAGCUCGCUUCGGUUUUCCACACAGAUGGGUCGGCUCGGUGAAGGCGUUGUCGGGUUUGGAGAGCGACAGUGACGUAAAAUGCAAGACCAGCUUAUUUACUGUUCAUGCGGUGCACAUGAUAAUUUACUAUGUGCUAAACUCUGUUAGCAAGUCUAUGAGAAUCACCGUCUUAUGUCAGCAUCCAACGCUAACGGAAUUAGCAUUGCUCGCGUAAAUUUUCAUUAUGAAUCCAUUCUAUUCAAUAUGGGAACGACUCAGGUGGGGCUCGCAUACUGGAAAACCGUCAGUUUACGGUACAGCUCGGGUCUGGCUCGGUUCCUGGCGGCAGUGGAAAAGCUCCAUUCCAGUAAAAUGUUAUGAGGGGCUGAUUUGUUGUUUGUGGGGCCUCAAAAAGUCACAAGCACCCCAGUCAAAAGCCCCACAUGUGGGCUGAGUGCUGGCAAACACCCCUGUUGAAUGUAACUGGUCAUUUUUGGUUGUCUUGGUCAGGGAAAUGGGCAUCGGGAACUACUGAGAAUAAGCAGAUCCAGACUGUGAAUAGUUAUUUAUUUAUUAUUGUUCCAUCAUUUCCUUGUUAUUGCACAAACGACGAGCACUGAACUAUUGCUUCAGGAUUAGGUAGACUUAGCCAGACUUUAGUCUGACUGAACACUAUUUUUGCUGGGUAUUUUUUUUAAUUAGAACACAUGAAAAAUUGGACAAAAAAACUCAACCACCAUUUCCUAUGUCUCAAACGUUGGCCAUAAACCCAGUGGCGUACAUCAUACGGUCCCAGGUCGAGUCCAGCUGGCCCCUUCAUAGCCACAGCUGAAUUUCGAACGAGGCUAAGGCUUCCGAUCUUCCGGAAUCCUCUUUGGCAUCGUCCUCUGUGCAGAGAAUGGCAGAAACUUUGCUGGCUAGCGGGAUCAUCUGUAGCAACUUCACAAGCAGCCAUUUUGACACAAACAGAAACUGAAUGUGUACGAUAAAGAACAUCCACAAAACUGCACAGCGCACCCUGGUGGUUUUAUUGUUCAUUAUUUUAGACCAGUGAAAUUGGGGCAAGACUGAUAGGAUGUCACUUGUUCCCUUUUCACUCUCAGACUCCCACAGUAGUUUGUCGAGAACAGAACAAGGACUAGGUAGACCCAGAACCCUAUAGUACAGUGACCCAUACCAGUGGGGAGGUUCCGAUACCCAUGUUUAUUUGUUUCCCUUUUUUUUCUUUUGUUUGUCUUUCUUCGAGCUGUCUUCUCUGAAUAUGUGCAGUUCUUUAGGCCCAGAUCUGAUGUUAUUUAUGAGGGAGUCUCUAUAUGGUCAGACCCAAGCCACUGGUCUGGCGGUAGGGAUACGUUGGAAGACAGAUCGAUAACCGUUUAUCACUACAUCCAAUGGGCGACACGGAUCAGUUCUAGCGAUUUCGGUGACUUCUUUUGUACGUUUUGUAUUGUGGUGUUCAUCGCAGCUGAUCAAACCUGUUUAUAACUGUUAUUUAUUGUUGUUGGGAUGGUUGAAUAAACGUCACUGGCUUUGGG